AUGACUGUUUAUUUGGCUGUAGCUGAUUAUUGUCAGACUCUGGGCCAGGUGUUUUUAAACCCUUGUGAGUUACUUUAUGCCGUGCCUCCUCGCUCCUUCGUUCCCGUGUUCCUCGUGUGGGUCUUUCAAAGGAGAGAGACAGUAAAAAACCAAGAGAGCCUGGCCCAGGUUUUUUACCAUCUGCAGUAUGGUGGUCAAGACCUGCACUUUAACCUCACCCUAAACCCUCAUCUACUAGCGCCUGGAUUCCUCACAGAGUGGAGAUACGGUGGUCUGCAAGGCUCUUCAUUACAUAGCCAUGGCCACUCUCUCUGCUACUUCCUGGGAGAUGUCUGGAGCAGUACACUGAAGUGGGGUCAAGCAGCUCUGAGCACUUGCAAUGGCCUGACAGGGCUGUUCAAGCUCUCAGAAGAGGAAUUCUUCAUUAGUCCGCUGGAGUCGGCACAAGAAGAGUUGGCCCCUCGUGCUCACGCAAUCUAUAAGCGACAUGCUGUUCAAUCAGAACACCAGCUGGUGCAGCCUCUGUUUGGGGAGCACACAGCUAACGCAACCUGUGGGGUCAGAGAUCCUUUAGAAGGGGCAAAGCAGGUGGAGAGGCAAAGAGAGCGCUGGGAGAGACGGCAACAUCGCAGACGGAUUAGACAGCGCUCCAUAAGCACUGAGAAGUGGGUAGAGACUCUGGUUGUGGCUGAUCCUAAAAUGGUGGAGUACCAUGGGAGCAAAGGAGUUGUGAGCUAUGUGCUCUCUGUCAUGAAUAUUGUGGCAGGGUUAUUUCGAGAUGCCAGCAUUGGAAAUGCCAUCAACAUCGUUGUCGUGCGUCUCAUUCUGCUGGAAAAGGACGAG